GGAUCGCGGGGGCUGUGGGGAAAGAUAGCCGGACGGUUGAUUGAUCUCGUUGACCGUCGCGCCGAAACUCUCAGCUCUCUCCCUUACAUUUAUAGUGACAUCGUCUUUAGAGAGACAGACGGAAAGUGUGUGUUGGUGGUGCUGGUGUUGUUGCCGGUUGUGGUGUCGGCGGCGCCAGUAUCGGGCAAAUGGAGGGCAGUCUCGUGCUAUAUCGGCUACCGGCUUCCGGCGGUUCUCCCAUCGGCAGUGGGAGGAGCAGUUGUAGUGGUAGCAGGCGCAGGAGGUUCACGCCCCCACUCCUCCCUUCCUCGCCUUCUUCUCAUCCUCACCUGCCUCUACCCUCCUCCUCCUUCCUGUCAAAAUAUCCUUCUUGCACUUCCCAUGGGGUGGCUUCAAAAAUGAGGCAUGAAGCAACUGCAGAAACCACUGACAGGAAAGCUCAUUCUCUGCCAGACCUGGACUGGGAUGACCUUGGGUUUGGAAUUAUACCAACUGACUAUAUGUAUGUCAUGAAAUGUUUUGGUGAUGGAAACUUCAUGGAAGGUGAACUAAAAGAAUAUGGAAAUAUUGAUUUGAGUCCAUCUUCUGGAGUUCUAAAUUAUGGACAGGGCUUGUUUGAGGGUCUGAAAGCAUAUAGAAAAGAAGAUGGUAAUAUCUUACUCUUCCGUCCUGAAGAAAAUGCUUUAAGAAUGAAGAUGGGUGCAGAUAGAUUGUGCAUGCCUUGUCCAUCUACUACACAAUUUGUGGAUGCUGUGAAGGAUACUGUUUUGGCCAACAGGCAUUGGGUUCCUCCACCAGGGAAAGGCUCGCUUUACAUCCGCCCACUUCUCAUGGGAAGUGGAGCUGUCCUGGGCCUUGCUCCAGCACCAGAGUACACAUUUUUGAUAUAUGUUUCACCCGUUGGAAAUUAUUUCAAGGAAGGUUUAGCGCCAAUUAACUUAGUUGUUGAGAAUCAGUUUCAUCGUGCUACUCCUGGAGGGACUGGUGGCAUAAAGACAAUAGGGAACUAUGCUCCUGUUCUCAAGGCGCAAGCUGCAGCAAAAUCAAAGGGCUACUCUGAUGUCAUAUAUCUUGAUUCAGUUAAUAAGAAAUAUCUUGAAGAAGUCUCCUCUUGCAAUAUUUUUGUAGUAAAGGACAAUGUUAUUUCAACUCCUGCACUUGAGGGAACCAUUCUCCCUGGAAUCACGAGGAAGAGUAUCAUUGAUGUUGCACGUAGUCAUGGUUACCAGGUUGAGGAACGUGCUGUCUCAGUUGAUGAACUAAUGAAUGCUGACGAAGUUUUCUGUACUGGGACAGCUGUGGUUGUGUCUCCUGUUGGUAGUGUUACCUACCUUGGCCAAAGGGUGCAAUAUGGGAAUCAAGGAAUCGGUUUGGUGUCUCAACGGGUUUAUUCUUCUCUUACAAGCAUACAGAUGGGGCUUGCGGAGGACAAAAUGGGUUGGACUGUGGAGUUAAGUUAGAAGGCAAGGUUUGCAGAAAAGUAACAGUUUGAUUAAAUUCAUUAUUUCCAGGAUUGCUGUAACUUUGUAGCUGCAAGAAGUUCAUUUAUGCAUGAUCCUUUCUAUCUCUGAUCUCGUUACACUGUAAUAAAGUAAUUUGUAUACGUGAGUUUUUAGCUUGAUUGUCAUUCUGACCCUUCAGCUUUCCCUUUUAUUUAAAGUUCACUUGGUGUUCAUGCGUA